UUCAUAGUUAAAGACAUUUUGUCAUAAAUUUUUAUUCUUACAUUUAUCACUAAUAUUUUUAUAAUGUGGGAUACAUUUUUUUAUAUACUUGGCAUUUGUACAUUUGUGCAUUACUUAUAUAGCCAAUUAUGGUCGCCGAUUUUAAUUUGUCUUUCACAUCUUAAAGAUCUGCUAUUGCCAAUGCUCAAAAAAUCUUUGACAGAAAAGUAUGGGAAUUGGGCGGUUGUCACUGGAUCUACUGAUGGAAUGGGCAAAUCUUAUGCUAAACAUUUGGCUUUAAAAGGAUUUAAUAUAGUAUUGAUAUCCAGAAGUGAAGAAAAGCUGAAAGCAGUCAAAAAAGAAAUAGAAAGUGAAGCUGGAGUAGAAGUAAGGUAUAUAGUUGCUGAUUUUACUCAAAAUUUUGAAAUUUAUGAUAAAAUAGCAAAACAACUUGAAGAUAUACCAGUUGGAAUUUUAGCAAAUAAUGUUGGAUUGUCUCGAAGUACACCCGGUUCAUUUGAUGAACAUUCAGAAAAAUUGAUAUGGGACAUGAUUCUAGUUAAUGUGACGGCAACAAUGCUUAUGACAAAAAUUGUAUUACCUGGAAUGAAACAGCGUGGGAAAGGUGCUAUAGUUAAUAUCAGUUCAUUGUCCGUUUUUGCACCUCUUAUACAUAAUGCAGGAGUUUAUGCUGCGUGCAAGAAAUGUGUAUCAUCUGUGACGAAAGUAUUACAAUGGGAAUUAAUGGAGUAUAAAAAUAUUGAUGUUCAAUUAAUUGAACCCUCUUUUGUUGACACAAAUAUGGUUAGUUUUUCACAAGAUAUCAAAAAUCAUUCAUUAACAUGUAGUUCUGAUGAAUGGGCUAAGAGUGUCAUUGAUUUAUUAGGCAGAACUAAUACAACAAAAGGACAUUUUAAACAUGCUCUAACGUCGUUCAUUUUCUCUCCUAUGCCUGAAACUCUUCGAAUGUUAUUAAUUUAUUGGCAUGCCCAGUCAUUUGACUAUAAAAAAUCUUAGAAAAGUAAUUUUUAUGUAAAAGAUAAUUUUUUUUUGUUAAACAAAGUGCGAAAUAUAAAUGAUAUAUUGUUGGUAAGGAUA